AUGGUUUCCUCGCUUCAUCUGAAGGUAGAGACACUUGAACUACAUGCUGCUGAUCCAGACAUCGCCAGAAGGCUUGGACAGUAUACGGGCAUUGAACGUCGACGCGGUCAGCUAAAGUCAGUUGUACCUGUGCAAAAGGCCAACAAAGAGCUUGUGUGUUUCUUUCUGACCGCCGAUCAAUUCCGCCGAUUCACGUGCCUGAUUGAUCUGUACCAGCGCGAAGUCUUGCAGGCAGUCAAAAGUCGCCUGUUGUUAGCUAUCGGUAUAUGCUCCUCGUUAGAUGUGGCCUGUUCCCGGGUGACUCUCAGUUCUGCACUCCCGAUGGAAUUGAUCCGGGAAAUCGGUUCUGCAGGUCCGGAAUCAGGUGAGCAUGAGUCAUUUCUCCGUGUUUCAACCCAGUUGAACUAUCAGAUUACAAGGCACAUUUUCUUCCCUACCCAUAAAGUACUUGAUGCUAAUUUCAGUCUCACGUUAUGCAGCGAUAAACAAGUCAUCUCCGUGCUCCGGUCUUGGCGGCUGUCUUUCGGUUAUCUCUCUGGUCAACCAAUAAAUAAAAUGUCAAAGUUGAAAAAGCGUUUCUAUAAUGAAGAUGUAAAGUAG